AUAUCACGUUUGCCUAAAUCCUGACCACAAUCUUUAAAAAACUUCAAUUCAAAAAACAAAAAAUAGAUGGCACUAAAUUUUACAUACUAUUUACCAUAGACUUUUCGAAUCCUUUGAAAUAAACAAAAACAAAGGAUUUAAAGUUGAUUUGCUUGUGUUUUUUUGAUUAAAAAUUGUUAUUUAGUACCGUUUGACGGGUUUUUUACAAUGGCCGUAAUGCUGAGCUACUCCUCUGGAGGAAUGACCCCACCGCGGGAUGAUGAUGAAGAGUCCAGUGAUGAUGAAGGUCCAGCCCCAGCAAUCAUUGAUUCAGGUCCAGAGGACUCUGAAGCUGAUGAUGAUGAGGAUGAUGAUGGACAAACUGCCCAAAUUAAUCAUUGCCUUGGCCCUGAUGGUUAUUACCAUCCCGUGAAGGAGAUAAAAGGCUCCUACCUCAAAAAAGAUAAGACUGGCAAAAUGAGAUUGGUUAAGCGGGUCCGAUGGAUGGACACUGAUGUUUGGGCUGAUACAGUCGACUGCCCACAUCUUCCUUUUAGAGGUUAUGUUAACCAUAAAAGGAAAGAUGUGGUCGACUUGACGGUAAAACCUAAAAAGAAUAAUCCGAGGAAGAAGAACCCGGAAAAGGCCUGCCAAUGGUGUGGUCAAGUUUUUUCUAGAGCCAGCUACUGCACUGAUCAUGAGAUCAGGCGCUGCCGAGCUCCAGGCUCACUCAACCACACUUGUGGACCUUCCUGCAGGCAGAAUCCUGCUAUUCAAUGUCCUGGCAGGAUUACAAUGGAUGAAUAUGACCCUGGAGACCGGCGUCACAAUAAUCCUGGACGUCCAAGUAACCAAUAAGUAAGUAUUUUUAGACCAGUGGAUAUUAAGUGGAUAUUAAUUUUUGCUUCUUUUCUUUGCAGAUUUUCUAUUCAAUU